AAAUCAUUAUAUGAAAUAUGAAUAUGACAGAUUUUUUCAACCUAUUCCUAUGGAUGAGAAGCUCUCACAAGAUUGCGACUUCUUCUUGAGGUCUACUGAAAUUUUGUCAUUACCAGACGUUUGUCUAAACGGAAAUUGACAUAGCAGAACGGUUUAGAGACUACACAUGCACAUGGUUAGGCAGUAUUUGGGGUUGAACAUCAAAUAUGGCAGAAGUAGAUGCAUCUCCCAAGAAUGCUGACAGCGCGGGUGAUAGUGGAAAAUCAUUUUUCGACAGACCAAAAGCACAAAAAGAUGUCCGUUAUCCUAUUAUGGUGACAUAUUGUGGAGAAUGCUCUUUACCAAUAGAAUACUGUGAAUAUCAUCCAAAUUAUGAGCGAUGUAAAAAAUGGUUGGAAGACCACCUUCCCGAGGAGUUUGAGAAACUAAUGGAGAAAAAAGAGGAUGGCGGCGGUGGAGAGGAAGACGAUGAUAAAAAAUCCAGGAGACAAAAACGAGGAGGAAAGGGAAUGAUCAAAACAAAGAAAAAAGCCGAACCCCAGGGAGUGAAGCUAGCUCUGUCAAAACGGGGCAAGAAAAAGAUGGUUACUAUAGUGAUGGGUUUAGGGACAUAUGAAAUUGAUCUGAAAGAUGCAAGCAAAUUCUUUUCAUCCAAGUUUUCAUGUGGGUCAUCUGUUACUGGUGAUGACGAGAUAGUGAUACAGGGAGAUGUGAAGGAGGAUUUGCUGGAUAUCCUCUCAGAGAAAUGGCCAGAGAUUGAUGAGGAUGACAUUGAUGAUCUGGGAGAAAUGAAGAAAUGAAAGAAGCUAAUUUUAUUUUGUUGGGUUGGGG